AUGCUCUUCACUUCUCUCCUCACCGUCACCCUCGUCACCCCAGCCGUAAUCGCCACCUGGGGCGACUGGUGCUACACCAAAGUAACAGACCACCGCGGCUUGACGUUCAAUUUUAACGGUGUUUGCGUCGGGACGUCAGAGUGCUACGGCGCCUACGAAAUGGACGGAAUCUCGGUGCCGGGCGCGUGCCCCGGUGACCCGGCUCACAUUCAGUGCUGCUACGCCCCCGUGUGCUAUCCGAUACAGCACGGCCGGUGCCCCGGUGGCGACAACAUCAAGUGCCGAGCCGACACUGGCUACUGCUGGGAGACGCAAACUGGCAGAUGCCCGGGAGGCGACAACUUCCGCGCUGCCCCUAGGGCGUACAUGCCAGACGGUGUCCCUGUGAAGUGCUCGUAA